AUGACCUUCUACGUGACCAGUUUCCCCAGCAGGGUCCGUGGGACAUCCCCAGGUUCGAUUGAUCUCGACCGUGUGCAUUAUUCUGCCCCUGCUUUCUACUUCAAUACGUAUCGUGGACCAGGGCAUCCGGUUGCUAUUGACCACGGAGUCUCUCUAUCUGCCCCAUCUCCCUUUCGUUUCUGUGGGGAGCGCGCAUCUCCAGACCAUCUAAUUGAUAUCGACCGCGAAACCUUUCACCACUCAGCCGCCCCACCUCUCUCUUUCAGCACGGGACGUGGAUCUUCUCCGGGGAAUCCAAUAGAUAUUGACAGCAAUGUAAACGAAUAUCAUAGACUCCCAUCUAUUCGGAACUUGAUUAACCUCGAUGAUUCUUAUGGGGGUGAACCGGGGUCCUCUCCACAGAACCCGAUUGUCCUGGAGGAAGGACCGCAGAAAGAUGGUCAACUCUAUCGAAAUUACUCGCGACAAACUGACGCUAUUACCGACGUGACUUCACUGGAUUCUGGUAUGACCUAUAUACAUAUUCAGUGA